AUGGGGAUUAUAUUGUACGUCACAUGUCCCUAUAUUGAUUGUCUUGAGGGGUACUGGAAACUUUCAGCUUCACUCCGGAACUAUCUACCCGACUCCGACCUCGUCACUACGACAACCGCUAGCUACAAGACCUGUAUGAUCCUGUGUUUGAUGACGGAUGGGUGCUGCUUUAUCUCCUACAUUGCUUCCUCUUCUGAGUGUGUACGUCAUCGCAAAAUGUUGAACUAUACACCUCAGACCUCUUCAUCCGUUUGGAACCUGAUGAAAGAUGACGGUUGCCCAUGUGGUUGGUACAGAGUGCAAACAACAUGCCUUAUCUUUCCCAAUGUAUAUUUAACGAGGGAUGAAUCCUUGGUAUACUGUCAGCGGAUGGACGCCACUCUGGCCGAAAUAAUCAAUGAUGAAAAGUACCAAUUUAUCGUAGGAAUCGCAAAAGUUAAAACAGAGAUUACUGACCUGUGGUUAGGUGGGUCUGAUAUCAGUAAUGAGGGCACGUGGUUAUGGAAUUCGGGUUUGCCAAUAACAGGAUUUACGAAAUGGUCUUCAUCAGCACCUGACAAUUAUGGCAAAAAUACGAAUAACGCUGACUGUCUAUACAUGGGAAGCUGGAUUGAUUUUUAUUGGGAUGACUGUGGCUGUGCCGAAAUUAAAUCUCCUCUGUGUGAGAAACCAAGUCUUUAA